AUGUGUGGCAAGAUUGACUACUCUUACUUGAAGCGUGUGAGGAAGAUCAUAUGUAUCGGCAGAAACUAUGCUGCUCACAUUGAAGAACUCAACAAUCCCACUCCUAAACAGCCAUUUUUCUUUUUGAAGCCCAACUCCAGCGUUGUAACUCAACCACAAGCUGGAAAAUCGGCUCAAAAUACUGGCCCUGGUGAUUCCACAUACAGAGGGCUGCAAGAAGAUGGUUCAAAUCCCGGAAAAAUUUUCAUUCCCCGCGGUGUCAAAGUGCACCACGAAGUUGAGCUAGCGCUCGUUAUGGGCCAGAAUGUAUCGAACGCAUCGAAGGGCACAUUUGGGCCCAAAGAGUUGUAUGACUCAAUUUCUGGGAUAACACUCUCCUUGGACCUCACCGCACGUAACGUGCAGGAUGAGGCCAAGAGAAAGGGAUUGCCUUGGUCUAUCGGAAAAGGCUUUGAUACCUUUUUACCCAUUUCUGAGUUUAUCUCUAAAACCUUACUCGGUGAUCCAGCACGCUUGCAAGACUCUUUCAGACUCAAAUGUGAGGUAAACGGAAAAACUAGACACGAUGGCACUUCUGACUUGAUGCUGACUCCGCUGCAUGAGAUCGUGCAGCACAUUUCGACUGUGAUGUCUCUUGAAGCAGGUGACUUGGUACUAACGGGAACACCUGCGGGAGUGGGUGAACUUCACCCUAAUGAUGUUGUUACCUCAGAACUUUAUCAGGAUGGAAAGCUCUUGACAAAAAUGACCUUUGAAUGUGCUGAAAAACCUGGUCCUUACGAGUACAGAGAAACUUGA